AUGCAGACACCACGGAAAACCAAAGCGCGUUCCCUCUCUGACAGCGCACCGAAACUGGAACCCUCGCCCAGGUUCCGCGAGUCAACCAGGACAUCCAAGGAUGAUCACACCGUUGUCGCCAGCCCCAGUACUCCACGGCGUCCUGACUUUCUCGCGAGAGGCCUUUCACUGCAGAUGCCCUCGCGGGAGGUGCCCAUGCCCAGUCCUGCGCACUUCGCAGCGCGUGUACCUCUGUCGCCGCAAUUAGACUCCCAUAACACAUACGCUUCGCCCGCGUCACUGCUUCCCCGGCGCUCACGAGGUGCUGAGUUCUCGAGGGCUUGCACCAACCUCCACCACUCGACGCUGCCUAACCAGUCCUCGCCUGACUCCUCGCCCACGAUCACGCAGAAAGGGAUCAAAAUCCCCUCGAGAAAGCCUCGCGCCAACUCGAUGAUCAUGGGGGACUCACCCAACGUUGGCGCAUGGAGCAAUGGCGGUAGAACCGCGCCCUCGAGCUCCGUAGGCAGCUUCAAUAUGCUGGGUUCAGAGGACUCAAGCAGCUCUUCUGACGAUCUUGAUCCAAUGGACCCUGACGACACCGACGACCCCAUGAUCAUGACCCCGCACGCUGCGAAGACAAACAACGUAUUCGGCGGGGCUGCGAAUGUCAACAACAGCCCAUUCGCGAACAUGUUCUCGCCGGGUGGGGUGCCCAACUUCAUGACCAUCCAUAGGGCAAGACUGCGCAAAGGCAGAAGCCGGAAAAGCUCAAGCUCAGCAAGCGGCCACAGCUCUCUGGCAAGUCCCGGCGGUCCUGCUUCGCCACCUAACAGUAAAGGUGAAGGCUACUUUUCGAGAGAAGCCCUGCUGCGCAAGGAAAGCUCUCGUCGCGAGAGUCUCUCGAUCUUCACCAACGACCUCCACAUAUCGUCUGGUAACGAUAGUGGGGACGAAGCCAGCACAAUGCCUCAAACGCCUGGUGUAAUCCGCAGGGCGGUGACACGGAGGGGCAAUCUUUUGCCGAAGUCUAGACAGUUCGGUCGUAUCAAGGCCGAGCUCUUUGACGAAUCGGCACCGGUGGAUAGCGAGACACGGCGCGAAGCUGAGAUCAUUCGACAAGUCAGGGAAAGCGACACCGAUCUGGAGCGUCCGUCGAUGACUGCUCAGUCUUCGCCCAGUCUCUUGCCUACUGUGCCUGGCUUGGACGGUCCAUUGGAGGGCGUGCCUGAGGAAGAGAGCGAAAGCAAUAUGAGCCUGGAUAGUACGACAAUUAAGGGAUUGUUCGGCACAUUCGGCUCGCUGAAUACAGGGCGCAACUCCGUAGGCACAGACUUCUGGAAUCAACGACUGGCACAGACACCACCACCGUCGUCGUACAGCCGAGCAGAGUCCUCGACGGCCAUGAGCGAGGAUAUGAACAUGGAUUCACCUAUAGUCUCAGCAAACAACGGCAACGGUAUGCCAGCGCCAGAUCAAAGUGUCAAUCUGAACUGGACAUCUCGAGCCUCUACACCACAAUUCAUGAACCCUCCUACCGCUGCAGACGGACUGAAGAAGUCGAACAAGCGCAGGCGUGAUGACGACUUCGAUGAACAUUCGCUCAAACGGCGAGCAGUGUCACCUGGUCUGAGCGUGCACAACAGUCCUGUCAUCUCUCAAUCUCCGAGUCAGCGAGAUGGCAGUCUGUGGGGCACAACAACGAAGGCGAGCCGAGAGACAUCGAUCAGUGGUCAAUCAAAUGGCGAGAGAUCAAACAGUGGGGGAAGCAUGAGCAUGACACCUACCUUGGGUCCCAAACGUGUCGGUCUGCAGGGCAUGACGGACACCAGCGAUGGCCUGAUGAAAAUGAGCAUCGAGUGA